AUGGAGGGGUGCCGCGGCGCCGAGGGUGACAGGGCUUCUGAGACCUCAUCCUUUGUAGAGGAUGAGGAAGAAGAGGAGGAGGAGGAAGAGGAGGAGGAAGAAGAAGAAGAGGAGGAGGAGGAAGAGGAGGUGGCAGCUGUGGAUCAGGAGGAAGCAGAGGAGCUGACUAACAGUUUAAAAGAUCUUAUCCAAAAUGAAGAUGUGAAACCCAAGCUGCAGUACAUCAUGACUAACCCUUCCUUUUCUAUGAUAACAGUUCAAAGUGAAGACAGUGGGAUAACGUGGGAAACUAGUUCGAGCAGAUGUUCAACUCCCUGGGCCUCAGAAACUAGUACAACUUCUGAUCUUUACAGUAUGGAAAGUUCACCAGUGGGUUCUCCUCCAGGAAAAGUAAUCUUUAUUAUGGAUGAAGGUAAGAUAAUACGGAAAAGGAAGCGCAAAUCUUCAAAUAGGAUGCCAAUGGCUACAAGCCUGAAGCGAGGCCAGGGCACUAAAAAACGUGACUCUUCUGGAAUGCAGAGACAAGAACCAAGAGCUGUUCUACAAGAUGUGCAGGCCUCUGUGUUGAACGUUGAACAGGUAGAAGCACAAGACACAGAUGAGGAAAUGUUGGGUGACAAAGAAGAUCUAGAGAACAUUGCAGAAGAGCCAGUAAAACGUGCUCCAAUAAGAUCAAUAUUUAGAGAGAGCAGACUGAGAAAAGUGGGGCCGAUCCUUGGAGGACCAGUACAAGCUAGAAUCCAGCUGUUCAACUCAAUUUUUGGAGGGACUGAGCCAGUCCCUGAAACAGGGGAGAAAACCAGAAUCCAGAGAAGUAGCUCAGUUUCAGGAGAUUCUGAACAUUUCCUUGAAACAUCAGUAAAAGAAAGAUUGCAGAAGUUCAGUUCACUUUCUGAAGGAACACACCCAAAACCUUUCCAGAGAGGCUUCAGUAGAAAUCUUGAAACACCCUCAGAGAGAAGAAGGAAGCAAAGACAACAAUCCACAGCACAAGCAACUCAAAGCUAUUCUUCACCAACAACACUUCCUGAAAAACAGCUUGCUAAUAAAGAGGAUGUUUCGUAUGAAAAUAUUAAACCCACUAAAAUUAAAGAUAAACCAGGCAGAUUUUCAAGCUUUGGUGCAGAAACGACUCUUCAAGAUGAAGAAAUAAAAGACAGACAACCUCUUCUGGAGGCUCCAGAUCAGGCAUCAGUACAUCCACUGAAGUCCUGCCCUCCUGAAGAAACUAGGAAGCAGCAAAGCUACUCACCUGUAGCCAAAACAUUAAUAACAGACCAAAGAGCCUCCAUUUCAUUGGAGCCUAAUGAUAAAUCAGAGAAACAAGUGCAGCUUCCCUCAGCUGAAAAUACAAACAAGAAACCAGACAAAUCCCUGCUGACAGGAUCAGAUUAUGUGACUGAACUAAAAGAGGACGAAAUUCAGCCCAAUGCUGCACCACAGUCUGUUUCAGCAGAUUUUGUUAAUGAAUUAGACAGACAAAGUACCCAACCUAUGUUGCCUGCAGCAUCCAUGUCAGAGCAUCCUGAGAGGGAAGCUCAGAAGUCAGGAGUUCAGUCUUACUUACCUAGCUCUCCACCAGCCAAAUCCAAAUAUUCCACUCUAUCUGAAAUAAGACAGGAAGACGUUGUUCCUCAGUCAUUAGAAACUGCACAAUCUGAGUCUGAACAUAUGCUUUUACCACAUUCUGUAGAAGAAGCAGAGAAGCAAGAAACUGAGUGCCGCUCAUCAACAACUGCACUGUCAGAAACUGAGUCUUCAGGUCUCUUGUAUUCUGCUAAAAAAAAAAGGGAUCAAAAGACCCUAUCACCAGAAACCCAAAGUGUUCACUUAGCGAAGCAAGCAAAAUCAAAACAAGACUUUUCCUCAUCCCUUCAGGAAACAGAGGAGGAAGGAACUCAGCUAAAUCCACCUAUUCCUGAAAAGAUAGAUUCUAAAUAUUUUGGCAUUUCAUAUCCUAUUCACAAAGAAACAGAAAAAAAUCAGAAAACUUCAGCUGUAAAUAAAGCACUAGAUUCCGAACACCCUGAUUUUUCCAUUGAACAAACCAAAGAAGCAGAGAGUGAACAAAUGGAGGUGAAGCAUCCAGACUUCUCAUAUUCCAGCAACAAAAUUGGGGAAUCAGAGAGAACACAGAUGGAGACAGAGCAUCUGGACUUUUCUUUUUCCAAGGAAGAAGUGGAGGAAUUAGAAGAUGCACAGGUAGAGAUGGAGCAUCCAGACUUUUCUUUUUCCAGGGAAGAAAUGGAGGAACCAGAAAAUGCACAACUGGAGGCCAAACAUCCAGAUUUUUCACAUGCGAGGGAAGAAAUGGAGGAAUUGGAGAGUACACAGCUGGAGACCAAGCAUCCAGAUUUCUCAUAUUCCAAGGAAGAAACAGAGGAAUCAGAGAGUGCAGAAUUGGAGACAGAAUACCCAGAAUUACUUUUUUCCAUGAAAGAAACAGUGGAAUCAGAGAGGGCCCAAGUGGAGAAAGAGCAUCUGGAUUUUUCAUACUCCAAGGAGGAAACAGAGGAACUGGAGAGUGCCCAGCUGGAGAUAGAGCAGCCAGAUCUCUCUUAUUCCAUGGAAGAAACAGAAGAAUCAGAGAGUGCACAGCAGGAGAUGGAGUACCCAGACUUUUCUUUUUCCAGGGAAGAAAUAGAGGAAUCAGAACACACACAGCUGGAGAUAGAACAUCCCGAUUUCCCAUAUUCCAGCAACGAAACUGGAGAAUCAGAAAGUGUACAGCUGCAGAUGGAGCACCCAGAUUUCACAUAUUCCAGAGAAGAAAUGAUGGAAUCAGAGAGUGAACAGCUGGAGAUGGGUCAUCCAGACUUUUCUUUAUCCAGGGAAGAAGUGGAGGAAUUGGAAAAUGCACAGCUGGAAAUGGAACAUCAGACGAUUUUGUUUUCCAGGGAAGAAACAGAAGAACAAAAAUCUGUUCCUUUUGAACUGGAACAGCCAGAGUCUUAUUCUCCUGAGGAAUCAGAGCAAGAAGAAACAGCACAGCUUGCACUGGUGCCUUCAGAUUCAUCACAUUUGAUGGCAGAAGCAGAGAAAGAAAACACAACAGAACUCCAGUUUGUAGAUCAAGGUAUAGUUGAUUCCACCAGAAGAGCUGAGACACAGCAAACUGAGUAUCUGGAAAUAGCGCAUUCAGAUUUGCCAUAUCCCACAAAUAAAGCAAACCAGGAAGAAUUGGCACAAGCAGAUUUGGAUAGUUCUCUUAUGUCACAUUUUGAUGAAAAAGUAGAGCAGCUGCAGCCUGUACAGCAGGAUUCACAAUGUAGAGGUAAGCUGUAUUCCUGUGCCAAGGGAAUGCAAGGAGAAACUGCUCUAUUGCAGUCAGAACAUACUGGAAGAAGACAGCAACGUAAAAGCUCACAGCUGAGGGUGGAAGAGCCAAAGGCGUCAUAUUCUGCUGGCAAAAUAGAACAACAGGAAAUAUUGCAACCAAAUUUGGAACAAGCAGAUUCACCAUAUUCCCAGAGAGAAACAGCACAAGAAGCUGUACAAAAAGACUUAGAAGGUCUGGAACCAUCAUGUUUCAUUCAUGAAGAAGAGCAGCAUGAAAAUGUACAACUAGCUUCAGAAAAUAGGGAUUUCUCAUUUACCACUGAAGGCGUAAUGCAACAGGGAGUGAAGUCACAACCUUUGGAGCCCUCACAUUCAGUUGAUAGGGCAAAGCACUGGGAAAUGGCAAAGGUGGAGCAGGAGGAGUCACUUCCCUCCUGUUCCUCUGCUGAUAGUCGGAAACAGGAAACAUCACCACUGGAUGUGGCCCAGACAGAUAUAUCAUAUUCUUUUGGCAGAAUGGAACAACAAGAUACAGUACAAAGAGAGCUGGAACAGCAGGAAACAGUCCAAGAGAAAGCUAUGCAAAUGGAAAUGGAAAACUCAAAUUUGUCAGAAACCUGGGAGAAAGAAGAGCCACUGGUCACAGACCAAGUUAAUUUGGCAAAGCAAGAGAGAGCUCAGCUGGAGCUAGAAAAUCCAUCUUUGCCAUACUCUUUUGGUGAAAAAAUGCAAGAAGAAAUGCAAACAGAACCAGCAUAUCCAGAUGAGAUAUUUUGUGUAAGUACAGAAAAGCAGGAGGAAAUGACACAACACAAAUCAGAGCAACCGUUUCUCUCGCGUUUUACUGAGCAACAAGAUAUACCUCUGGAGCUGGAGCAAACAGUUUUGCCAUCUUCUGGUGGAAAAGAAGCUCCACUGGAGAUGGAAAUGAGUUCAGAAUAUCCAGAUUUCUCAUAUUCCUUUCAUGAAUGUGAACAACAAAAAAAGAUGAAACAUCCAACCUUACCAUUUAGUUUUAAGCAACAAGAAACUGCACCACUGGUGAUGGAACAUCCAAAUUUUUCAAGUCACAGUGAUGAGGCAAAACCAGGCAACAUUGCAGAGGAGGAGACAGGACAUUCAGAGCUCUCAUACUUCAUGGGAGAACCACAGCAAGAGUCAGAGCAUUUGGAUUCACCAGGUACCCUGGGUGAAGUAGCACAAAGUCAAAGUAUGGAAGUGGAACCUAAAUACACAAAUUUGUCAUGUUCUGAUGGCCAAAGAAACCAGCAAGAAAUUUCACAAUUGGAUUCAAAAUACCCAGAUUUGUCAUUUUCCUUUGGUAAAGUCAGAGAACAAGCAACUCAAGAGUUUGAGCCUAAACAUCAAGAAUUGCCUAAAGUGGCCAGAAAAAGAGCUUCUCCAUCAAUUGCACAAAUAGAGUCAAGAUAUCCAGAUUUGACAUAUUCCCUUGGCAAAGCAAAUGAGCCAGAAAUUGCAACAUGGGAACUGAAGCAUCCUGAUUUGUCACAUUCCACUGAUGAGACAAACCAACAAGAAAUAGUAGUGUUGGAUCAGAAACAUAGAAAAAAUUCUGUUAGCAGAGAAAAGGAGCAGCAAACCACAAAAGAGAAGUUAGAGCUAGGAAAGUUACCAUAUUCUCCUGGUAAAACAGGGCAAUUAAAACAUGCCCAGGAGAACUUGGAACAGCCAGAUUUGUCAUUUUCAGUUGACAGGCCAGAUGAUGAAAUGGCUCCAGCAGGGACAGAACACGCUGAUGCGAUAUAUCCUUUGGACAAUGCAGAGGCGCCACAAAGAGUACAACAAGAAACUGAGGAAACUUACCAUUUUGGAAAAGCAGAACAGAAAACAGUUCAAACAGAAAUGGAAAUUCCCCAUUCUAUGGGGACAGCAGAAGAAAAAGAAGAAAAACAAAUGGCAGAACCAGGGCAGAGACAUCCUGACUUGCCUUAUUCUGUUUUCAAAGCAGGAGGACUGCAAGAUGCACAGCCAAAACCUGAACACUCUGGUUUAGCAAGUUCUCUUGAUCAAGUGCUGGCAGCAACCCAGCUGGGGUCAUUCUACGGACAUGAUAAAAUAGAGCAACUCCCACCUGCCCAGCUGGAGCUGGGCCACGCAGACUUGUCAACCCCAGCUCACAAAGUGGGGCAGCGAGGGAUGGAAAGCACUGCCUUGGGACAGUCUGUCAGCAGAGCAGAGCAUCCACAAGCUGCAGAAGAGAAACUAGGAGCUCCAGAUGCAUCAUCUCUUAGUGGAAAAACAGAGAAAAGAGAAAUGGAAACACCAGAGCCAAAGCAUCCUGAUUUAUCAUAUUCCAUUGAUAAAACACAAACACAAGAAACUACACAACUGUUGGUAGGAAAACCAGAUCUAUCCUCUUGUCCAGGAAAAAUAGAGCGAGCACAAACUGCUCAAGAUGAGCAGACAGGCUUCCUGCAUUCUUUCAAAAAAGCUGCACAAGGUGAGAAACGACAGUCAGAAUUGGGACAUUCACAGUUAUCUUAUUCUGUUAGUGAAGCAGAACAAGAAACUGAACAUGUAAAAUCAAACCAUUCAGAUCUAUCUGCUGGGAGAUUAGAACACCAUGAAAUCACACAAUCAGGAGCAGAAGUAAUGGAUUCAUUGUAUUCAACUGGUGAAGCACAGCAACCUCAAAUUGCUGGAGUGGAUUUGGAGUAUCCAGAUUUAUUGCAUUCCACUGGCAUAGUACAGCAGCAAGAUAAUAUUCAACCAGAGCAGGAGCAGCCAGGUGAUUUUUUGACAUCUCUCAUUAAAGAAGAACUAUGGGAAGGUACAGGAUUGCAGGCGGAACGCCCUGAGCUGCAGUGCUCAACAGAGAAAACAGAAGAGCUGCAAAGUUCCCAAGCAAAAUCAGAAUAUGCAGACUUGUCAUUCUCUGUUGACACGGCAGAACCUCAUAAAACAACAGAGCCAGAGUUGAAAGAACAUGAUUUGUUGCAUUCUUUUGACAAAACAAAGCCAUCAUGGGCUGCCCCACUGGAGUCUGAACAUCUAGACAUCUCAGAUGCCGUGGGCAGAGUACCACAUCUUUAUUUGUCCACUUCUGUUAGUGAACAAAAACGAAGUGGACAAUGGGAGGUCAAGUAUAAGGGGGGAACCUAUACAUUACACGGAGAGGACACAGUAUCACUGAAAUUGGAUCAGCCAGUGUUUUCAAGCUCACAUAGCACAGCAGAGCAGCCAAAUAAGGCUCCACUGGAAGUGGAAUUCCCAGUCUUCUCUGGCAAAAAAGAGCAACAAGAAAUGGAAAAACAAGAGUUGGAGCAUUCAGAUUUAUCAUAUUCCACUCGUAAAAUGCGGCAACAAGAAAGCACACAACUUGGGUCAGGACAACCAGAUUUGUCAUCUUGCCCUGGGAAGACAGAGCAACCACAAACUUUUCAAGUGGAAGCAGAGCAUCGGGGCUUUCUGCAUUUCACUGGCAAAACAGAACAACAAGGAACAGCACAACCAGUGGUUGAGCACCCAGAGCGGGAAUCUCCCAGUUUAUCAUAUUCCAUUUGCAAAACACUGUCACAAGAAGCCACACAAAUGGAUCUGGGGCAACAGGAUUUAAAGUAUGUGCAAAGUGAACUGGAACGUACAGGUUCAUUGUAUUCUUCUGGCAAAAGAGAACAAGAAAUGGUAUUGCCAGAGUUGCGACAGCUGUCUUACCCACCUAGAGAAACAGAGGAAUCUACAUAUCAGAAAUCUAACUAUCCAGUUGUGCCACAUUCUACUGGUCAACAAGAGCACCAGGAAAUUGAACAACUAGAGGUUGAACAAAUGGACUUAUCAGAUUCAGCUGGCAAAUCAGAACACUUACAACCUUCCCAAGAAGUGCUCCAACAGCCAGAGGUUUUGGAGGCCUUUAGCAAACUAGAGGAAAAGGGAAUGGCCCAGACUGGAUUUUUGCAUUCCCUUGAUGAAGAAAUGCAGAAACCAGUUUCACAAUUAGACUUAAUGCAAUCAGGCUUGUCACAUUUUCUUGGCAAAAGAAAAACACAGGAAACUGCACAAACAGGGUUCUUGCCUUCUGAUUUUUCAUAUUCCACAGGGGAAGCAGAGCAGUUGCAACCAGAACAACCAAAAUCAAAUAAUCCAGAUUUGUCCUCUUCUCUUGGCAAAGCAGAGAGUCAUGGAAUGAAAUCAGCAGAUUUAUUGUACUCCUAUGGCAAAGCAGAGCAGCCACAGACUGCUCAGCUGGAGCAUCCAGAGACAUCAUAUUUCACAAGUGAAAUGGAGCAGAGGGAUUGGGUAUUCAUUAAUUUGCAGUAUUCUGUUGUUGAAACAGAGCAACCAGAAACACCUGUAUCAUAUACCUUUGGCAGGACCGAGGAGCAUGGAACUGCACAACCAGACUUGGAAAAAUCAUAUUUAUUAAGUCCAACUGACAAAGCAGAAAAGCAUGAAAUGGCCCCACUGAGAGGAGGACAUUCGGAGAACCGGAACACUGUGGCUGCUUCGUCUCUAACUGUUCAGAUGAAAACUGAACAAGAUUUAUCCUUUUCUACUGGGGAAGCAGAGAGCCAAAAAAUUCAACAAUAUUCAUCUUUUCCUGAACAAACAGUGACUGUACCUUUGAGCGUUUUACAUUCUGUCUCUGAAGCAAAACCAGAAGGAAGUCCAAAGUCUUCACCUGUAACUGGAAAUUUGUCUGCCAAGCACUUAGAUUUAUCUUACAACCGCUGUAAAACAGAGCAGUCAGAAAAUACCCAGCCUGAAUCAGGUUUCUUCUUUGCGAGACAAGAAGCAGAGAAUGCAAAAAAUGAUUUACAUUUGCCUGUGGCUGCACAGCCGGAGUCUGAACAUACAGUUUUACCUGAAACAAAGAGAGAACAGACUCCACAUUACUUCUACACAGCUACGCAAUUAGAAUCUGAACAGUUAAAUUUACCAGGUUCUACAGAUAAAGCAGAAAUGCUAGAAAGUAAAGAUUAUUUAACUGUACCAUCAGAACUGGAGUCUGAACCUUCAGUUCCAUUUUAUUCUGAUGAAACGUGUGAGCAAGAAAUUCCACCUUAUUCAAAACCAGCCUCUGAGUAUUUGGUUCCCACACGGUCCCUUUCUGAACAAGAAAAGCAAAGCAUACAGCCACUUAUUCCCCAGUCUGCACAUUCAGAGUGUAAAUAUGUAAUUCCACCACAUAAUGAAAAAGAAUUGCAAAAAAAUCAGCUCUAUUCACCUAAACCGGCAAGCUUGAAGACAAUGCAGUUGGGGAGUGUCUCUGUAACGCACACAGAAAGCCAAGCUGAGCAAGAAUCUCAAGAUCAUUUCUUGGGCACAAAAUAUUUGUCAUCAGAGCAGCUAAGAAGUCCCCCCAAAUUCACUACCGAGCAGGGUAAGCAAGAAGUUCAGUCUAAUGUGCAGGCAGUGCCAAGGUCAAUGACCACAGAGUCAAAGGUGACUACUGUAGCAGAACAGCAAGCCAUGUUGUCAGAUUCAUUUGUACCUUUUCAUACAUUGCCUGAAAAGUCAGUAUCAGUGUCUUUCACUAAUGAUAAAGAGAAACAAAAUAUUCCAUCAUCUUUAUCUGACGUAGAAGGCAUAGCUGGAAAGAAAUCCACCAUAGUUUCUGGCAUUUAUACUGUGGGAGAGGGUAGACGUGAAACACAACGAUAUUUUGCAGAUCAAAAGGAUGCAUCCUCAGAGCAUCUGGGAGCUGUUUCAUCCGGUCUUGUUUAUGAAAAUGUGACAGAAAAAACUCAGAAUUAUUCUUCAGCAGAGAUCAAGUCUGUUAGCUCUAGUUCUGAUGAAAAGCAUAGUCAAGAUAAUCCAUCUUUUGGGCUAGCUAGAUGGCUCGCAGAAGAGGUGAAAGCUUGCUCAAUUAGUCCAAUAAGAGCUUCAGAAGUAGACAGGCAACUUUAUCCAAAUGAAACUUCUAAUUUUGGUUCAAAAGAAUUACCAGCCACAAGUUGCACAGAACCUACAGUUCAUGGUGCUACAAAGAACAAAGAACAGAUUUUUAGAGUUUCUGAUACAGUGUCAAGUGAUAUUUCACACAGAGUGUCCCUGGGCACUAGUCACAAAAUGCAAAAGUAUGAUUUACCAUCUCUGGUAGGAGAUAAUCAAGGUCCAGACAAAGUUCCAAAGCCUGAAACUAGCACUGGAAACCCUACAAAAACGGAAACAAUGCAACAUCUGGAGGUAUACAAAGCAUCUGAAGUGCCUGAACAUAACCUGAGAGGAGAAGAGAAAGAAAUGGAUGCGAGUACCGUCGAAUACAGUCAGAAUGCUCCAGAGACUCUUGAAGAAAAGGAUCUAUUUAAUAUAAUUUCAGAGGGUUAUGAAAUACUCAAUAUUCAUGCUCCUACACAUAUUUCUUCUGUUGAUCAAGAAGAAAGUAAACACAUGCCGGAUAAACUAGAAUACUUGGAAACAACUCCUUCAUUUAAAAGGAAAUUAACUGAUGAUGGCCAUGGAGACCUAGCUUCAGGAACAACCACAAGAUUUUCAGAAAGCUCAGUGAUGGGAAAGCCUGCAAGCCCUGGACUAAAGGAAUUGGUCAAAAAUGAUGACGUUGAGGAAACUGGAGAAACACAAGAAAAUUCCAUGUUGCCACAAAACCAAAAUAAUGCAGUGUUGGAUGCUAAUAAUGGUAUGACUGAUAUGGAUUAUUUUGAAAAAUAUACGUUGAUUGAUGACAAAUCCCCAGUUAAGCCACAUUUUGAAAGACCAAGUUCAUUGUUUCCUGUGACAGAAGAUCCCAAUGAACCUAUGGAGGAAGCUACACCUUUUAAAGAAAGCACUGAGGCAGACACUUUGGAAGAGGAGUUUUCCUUACUUGAGGAUUUAGAUGAAGUCUUUUACGGAACUGUGAAAGGAGAAAGCGAAGUGCAGUCCUGUGUAAAUGCUCCAAAUCCUUUACCUCUGCAGAAAUCAGUUGAUACUAGCAGUAAAAAGGUUACAAAUGUAGAUGAUGAACGGAAGUCACCAGGGACCCCACUUUUUGAUUCAGAAGAAGGAGUGCUAGAACGAUCUCUGUUGUUCCCUACCACUGUUGCUGCAGUUAAUCCAGAGCUUCUAGAGGAGCCACCUGCCUUGUCAUUUUUAUACAAAGACCUCUAUGCAGAAGCAGUAGGAGAAAAGACAAAGGAUGAGACUCCCUCUGAUGAGGAAAGUGGUAAUUCUAAUGUGUCUUUCCCCAGUAGAAAUUCAGACACAGAUGAUGGAACAGGAAUAUAUUUUGAAAAAUACAUUCUUAAAGAUGAAAUUCCAAGUAAGGCCAUAGGGCCCCAAAAGGAUCAGAUGCCAGAGGAUGAGUCGUUUAGUGGAGGAAUUUCAGUUCAGAUUUCAGAGGACAAACACCAGCAGGAGCCUGGUGAUGUUCAGCCUGUGAGAACUGAGGUUCUGCCAGAAAGGGGUGUUGUGGAGAGAAAGCAAUUCCAAGUUGACAGUGACAUUCAACAAACAAUUUGUAAACCAAUGCAUGCCAUUCCUUUUGGAAGCAGAGUAGUUCUUUCAGGUGCAAGAACUGAUAACACUGAACAAGGAGAAGAAGAAAAUGUACCUGUAGAAACAACUGAGGAGUUGCUAGAGCAAUCAGGUAAUCAAAUGCAAAGUGAACUAGUGGAAUGUCAGGGAGCUGCAUAUCAAGAAAGUGGUAACAAGCAGGAAGAACAUGACAUAGCAGCAGUUCCUCAAAUGGAAAAAUUUGUCCCGUAUGUCAGGACUCAUGUUGAAAACAGUGAAGAUUACCAAUAUACUCAGGAAAAUCUUUCCUGUGCCCCUAGUGUUCAGCGAGCAGAGAAGCCAGACUUGCAAAGAGAGGAGCAGCACCCUGCUGUUUAUGAAGAUCUCGCUGAGUCAAUGGACUAUGAUGUGAUUACACAAGAAGAGCUUUUGCAAGAUGAAAUAUCAUCUCAGUUAACACACGAGGAGCUAUUAUUUGAAGACAGGGAUUCUUCUGAGCAUGCUGGUGAUAGUUAUGAAUUUGUUAAUGAGCCGGAGCGAAGAACACCUGUCGAGCUUGAAGAUUCAGGCUUUGUGGUGGCAUAUCCUGAAAAAUCAGCAACAAACAUUCCUCAGGUUGAGACUCCACAAAGAGAAUUGAAGAAAGUGCAAACAGACACAUAUUGUUACCACUGCAGAUGCCCAAUAUCUGCUAUUGACAAGCUUUUUGGAGAACAUAAAGACCACGAUGUCACAACACUAGAUGAUGCUGCCGCUAAGAUGAAGGAUCGGUUAAGUGAAUUGCUGAUAGCACUGGAAGAAAAGUCAAUGAAGAUUGAAGAGUUUGUGAGUGAUAUUGAGUCUCUCUUUAACACUGUUGAGGAAAACUGUAAGAAAAAUGCAGAGUUAUUGGAAAAGCAGAAUGAAGAGAUGCUUAAGAAAGUGGUAGCACAGUAUGAUGAGAAAUCAGAGAACUUUGAGGAAGUGAAGAAGAUGAAAAUGGAGUACUUGUAUGAGCAGAUGGUUAACUUCCAGCAAACUGUUGAUUUAGCAAAGGAAACUUUAGAGACAACAGUAAAAGAAAUGGAAGAACUUGAUGGAUUUUUUUUCCUAAAUUCAUCUAAAGAAUUGAAUAAAAGGUUACUUACUGCAAUGGAUACUACUCUCUCUUUAGAAAAGGUGCCCAGUGCUUUCUCACUGUUUGAGCACUAUGCAGACAGUCCAGGACAAAGCAAUCAACAUCCCUUAAAACAUGUGGCUGUCCCACAGACACCAACUGUUGUACCUCAGGAACCAAACUCGGCAACCAGCACCUCCAUUGCUAUCUACUGGGCUGUGAACGACGGGGAUGCCAUUGACUGCUUCCAGGUCUACUGUAUGGAGGAGCCACAAGCCGGCAAAGAUGCAGGAGCUUUGGUGGAAGAGUACAGAGUGACAGUGAAGGAGAGCCACUGCAUUUUGGAGGACCUGGAGCCAGAUCACUGCUACAGCGUGUGGGUCAUGGCUGUGAAUGGCACAGGCUGUAGCUUACCCAGUGAAAAAGCCAUUUUUAAAACAGCACCUGCCAUCCCUACCAUCAAGGCUGAGGACUGCACAGUGUGUUGGGACACAGCCACUGUCCGCUGGUGUGCCACCUCAGCAUCGGCCGAGUCCUUCACCCUGGAGUACUGCCGACAGCACUCGCCGGAAGGAGAGGGUCUCAGAUCUUUUGCUGGUAUAAAGAGACCUGAACUGAAAGUAUCCCUGGAGCCCAAUGUGAACUAUUUCUUCUACUUGAGGGCUGUCAACCCAUUUGGGACAAGUGAACAAAGUGAAGCAGCUCUCAUCUCAACUAAAGGAACUCGAUUUCGCCUGCUUAGUGACACAGCCCAUCCUGCUUUGCAAAUCUCCUCCAAUGCAACUGUGAUCUGCCUUCCCAAGAAAAACAAAUUCACUGGGUUUCCUUCAGUCCUGGGUGAACUGCUGCCUGCUCGGGGACAUCAUUACUGGGAAAUCAUUGUCUCUGCCUGCAGAAACUACAGGAUUGGGAUUUGCUAUGAGGGAAUAACACAGAGCCGUGUCCUGGGGCUGAGUGAUACCUCCUGGUGCAUGCGAUGCUGUCCUACACAAACCAGCUUUCUUUACAGAUUUCUUCACACUGGUGCAAUGAGCGAUGUCCAUGUGACAGGACAGCUGGCCAGGAUUGGCAUCCUGUUGGAUUACAGUGGUGGCAGACUGUUGUUCUUCAAUGCAGAGAGAGGACUGGUGCUGUUUGCUAUCAGGCACAAAUUCACUGAUGCUGCUCACCCGGCCUUUGUCCUGGAGAAGGCUGGAGCACUUACCCUGCACACAGGCAUGGAGCUGCCAGAGUUUGUGAAGCACAGCUAA